AAUCCUUUCAUCCCAUUCCCCCUGUUCCCCCCCUCCUGUUACCAGGGGAGCACUUCACCAAAAAAUAAAACGGCAGCCCUCUGUUUGGCAGCCUGUUUGUCUGAGCACGAGGGAGCCUCUGGGCAGAGUCACACGCGUUCCUCCAAGGAUUUAUUACCUGCAAACGUCAAAGGCAGCGGUCAGUUAUCAUCAGGCGUUGACACGGAGGAGCUGAGCGAAGAGCAGCAGAGAUCGCGAGUAGCCAUUGAGAAAUUUCUGAACACAGAGAACACCCAGAGAGAUCAAGAUGUGGAGAUCCAAAGUCUCAGACCAGACAGCGGCGGGGCAGGUGGCAGUCAAAAAGCAGUCCAAAGUUCCUGGGGUCAUGAUCACUCAGUUUGUGGAAGAACUCCCGGCUGGAAAAUCUACUCCAGACUUCCUGCGCAAGCCCAUUGCUUUGACUAUUCAAGAGGGUAAAUCAGCCCAAUUCAAAGCCGUGGUGAGCGGCGAUCCUAAACCAGAGGUAGUCUGGAAAAGAGCCAAAGGGGAAAUAAAUGAUGAUACGAAAUUCCAUACAAAAUAUGAUGAGGGCGCUGAGGAAUACAUAUUAGAGAUCACUUCUGUGACUGGAAAAGAAGGAGAUAUCUACAAAUGUUUUGCCGUUAAUGAGUUUGGAAAGGCUGUCUGCACUGCUGCCCUGAACGUUAUUGAAGUUGGAUUCAAUAAGGAAAAGGCAAUGGAAGGACCAGGGCUCUCAGCUGAUCCGGCAGAGUUCCGAAAAAUGCUCAGAAAAAGUUCCGGACGUGUGGAAAAAGUGGAAAAAGAAAAGAAGGACGAUGAGAUACCUGACAAGUUCUGGGAGAUCUUGCUGAGCUCAGAAAGGAAGGACUACGAGCGCAUAUGUGCUGAGUAUGGAGUGAAAGAUUUCCGCUGGAUGCUGAAGAAGCUGAACAUCCUGAAAAAGGAGAGGGAGGAGGAGCAAUCCCUGUAUCUUAAUGUGAUCAGUAACCUGAGACACAUUGAAGUUAAAGGAGAUUCUUGUGCUUCAUUUGAAUUGGUCCUGGAUCUCAAAGACCCAAGGAGUAGGAUUUUCCUCUACAAGGAUGGUAUAAUGAUACCAUUAAGCGAAGAUAUGGAGAUGAAGCACCACCUAAAAAAAAUAGGCAAGAAAUUGGUUUUCACCAUCAAAGACCUACUUCCUGAAGAUGCUGGGCUGUACCAGGUGGAUGUCGAGGAGGUCAAUGUGUUCUCCACUGAUUUCAAAAUUCCCAUGGUUGACUUCAUUGUCAAAAUUAAGGAGGUGAAAGCCAAGGAGAGAGAGGACGCCAUAUUUGAAUGUGUCUUGUCUCACCCAUUUCCCAAAAUACUGUGGAAGGGCAAGAACAGUCUACUGGAAGCUGGGGAGAAGUUUGAAAUAACAGUAUCUGCGGACAAGCUCAUCCACAGGCUUCGGGUUAAAGACUGCAAGCAAGUGGACAAGGGCAUCUAUUCAGCUGUGGCAGGAAUCAAAUCCUGCAGUGCCUGGCUUACAGUAGAGGCUGACACUGGACCACACAAGAAGAAGGUACGGAAGACCACCCAGGCGGGUGGGGCUGGGGUGGACCUGGACAAGAUGGCCCAGGAACAACAGGCCAAACUGCAAAAGGAGAAGGAUGACAAGCUAGAAGCAAUGAGGAAAGAGGCAGAGGGCAAAGACACUGGAAACAUGAUGAAUGGGCUGGAUAACGGUUCUGGGGUCAAUUCGGGUCUGGGUGACGGAUUGGACGGAUUGGAUGGAUUGGAUGGCGGCCUGGGACGGAAGAAAGGCGAUGGGAUGGAUAGCGGGUCAGGAGGCAUUGGAGAUGGAGGUUUGGGAGGUGACAAGUCUGGAGACAUCAAAGAACCAAAUGCACUAAAUGGACAAACAGGAAAUGGAGGGCUUGUCGACCGUAAAGGGUGCGGACGCCUGCUCCCGAACAGGGUCGUCGGACAAAGAAAUAUUGAUGCUGCAACUGCAGAUUCAGACCUGGAAAAUGAUAAAGAAAGCAGGCAAGUAAGCCACAAAGAAAAUGAGCAAGGAAAGGGGCAAGGAAACAAGCAAGAAAAUGUGCAAGGAAAGGGGCAAGGAAACAAGCAAGAAAAUGUGCAAGGAAACAGGCGAGAAAAUGGACAGCAAUCUUCUGGAAGUGGUGACUGGCCUGCCGAGCACGCAAGGCAAGGCCCACUGCUUUUGGACGAAGUCAUUGAUUCAGGGGUUCAGUUCAUCAGUGGGCUGUCAGACAUUAAUGCCAAGGCUGGCCAACCAGUUGAGCUGGUCUGCAAGUUGAACAAUGAAAACUGCAAUGGAGCAUGGUUCAAAGAUGGUAAUACGUUAUCACCUGGAGAUGGACUGAGCCUUUCUAAAGAUGGGGCCGCCCACAAACUGAAGAUUGACAGUUGCCGGCCAGAUGAUACAGGAAAAUACUGCUUUGAAGCAGAUGGACGCAAAACCGAAGCAAUGAUCACUGUGGAAGAUCCAGGGGUUCAGUUCAUCAGUGGGCUGUCUGACAUUAAUGCUAAGGCUGGCCAGCCAGCUGAGCUGGUCUGCAAGUUGAACAAUGAAAACAGUAAUGGAGAAUGGUUCAAAGAUGGGAAAAAGUUAUCACCAAGAGAUGGACUGAGCCUUUCUAAAGAUGGGGCCUCCCACAAACUGAAAAUCAAGAGUUGCCGAGCUGAUGAUACAGGAAAAUACAGCUUUGAAGCAGGAGGGCACAAAACUGAAGCAGUGAUCACUGUGGAAGAUCCUGAGGAUCCGUUCAUCAUUGGGCUGUCUGACAUCCGUGCAAAGGCUGGGCAACCAGCUCAGCUGGUCUGCAAGUUGAAGGAAAACUGUGAUGGAGAAUGGUUCAAAGAUGGGAAAAAGUUAUCACCGAGAGAUGGACUGAGCCUUUCUAAAGAUGGGGCCUCCCACAAGCUGAAGAUUGACAGUUGCCAGGCGGAUGAUACAGGAAAAUACUGCUUUGAAGCAGAAGGAUGCAAGACAGAAGCAAAGAUAACUGUAGAAGAUCCGGGGGUUCAGUUUGUCAACGGGCUGUCCGACAUUAAUGCUAAGGCUGGCCAACCAGCUGAGCUGGUCUGCAAGUUGAACAAGGAAAACUGCAAUGGAGCAUGGUUCAAAGAUGGGAAAAGGUUAUUACCAAGAGAUGGACUGAGCCUUUCUAAAGAUGGGGCCUGCCAAAAACUGAAGAUCGACAGUUGUUGUGCGGAUGAUACAGGAAAUUACCGCUUUGAGGCAGAACGAUGCAAAACUGAAGCGAUGAUCAUUGUGGAAGAUGCUGGGGUUCAGUUCAUCAGAGGGCUGUCUGACCUGAAUGCCAAGACUGGCCAACCGGCUGAGCUAGUCUGCAAGUUGAACAAUGAAAAUUGCAAUGGUACAUGGUUCAAAGAUGGGAAUAAGUUAUCACCAAGAGAUGGACUGAGCCUUUCUAAAGAUGGGGCCUCCCACAAACUGAAGAUCGACAGUUGCCAGGCGAAUGAUACAGGAAAAUACUGCUUUGAAACAGAAGGACGCAAAACAGAAGCAAUGAUCACUGUGGAAGGUCCUGGGGUAGAGGUCAUCAGCGGACUGUCUGACAUUAAAGCUAAGGCUGGCCAACCAGCUGAGCUGGUCUGCAAGUUGAGCGAUGAAAACAGUAAUGGAGUAUGGUUCAAAGAUGGGAAAAAGUUAUCACAAAGAGAUGGACUGAGCCUUUCUAAAGACGGGGCCUCCCACAAACUGAAGAUUGACAGUUGCCAAGCGGAUGAUACAGGAAAAUAUCGCUUUGAAGCAGAUGGACGCAAAACAGAAGCAAUACUCAUUGUGGAAGAUCCACCGAGAUUUAGCCAAGAUGCCUUGGACACAUUCUCCAAGCCUGUCAUUGUGAAGGUGGGGCAAAAUGCCACCUUCAAGAUGCCGUUCGUGGGUGGAGAGCCCACGAAGGUGCAGUGGUACAAAGAAGGGGAGGAGCUACUGGACAACGCCAACGUCAAGCUGGAGAUAAUGUCCGCUCACAGCCGUCUGCUCCUCAGCUCAUGCCAGCGCAAAGACACCGGCGAGAUCAAGAUCAAGGUGAAGAACGACUUUGGCACCAUCGAGGCUGUGUCUAAGCUCGUUGUCCUUGACAAGCCCAGCCCACCCCUGGGCCCGGUAGAGGUGGUGGAGAACUCGGCCUCAUGCAUUAAUAUGAAAUGGAGACCACCCAAGGACGACGGAGGCUCCCAGCUGCAGGAAUAUGCCCUGGAACGGCAACAGGUGGGCCGCAACACCUGGACCAAGCUGGGCCAGAUCCCGUCCGCCACGGCAGCCUACAAGGACACCAACGUGGAGCACGGCAGGAAGUACUGCUAUCGCAUCAGGGCUGUGAACGAGGAGGGCGUGAGUGAGCCAAUGGAGACCGAGGACAUCAUGGCUGGCAUUAAGGCAUACCCAGGUCCACCUGCCUCACCAAAAGUGGUCAGUGCCUUCAAUGACUGUAUUAAUCUGACCUGGGCUGCUCCAGCCAAGACUGGAGGGUCACCCAUUCUGGGCUACUAUCUGGAGAAACGGAAGAGGGGCAGUAACAUGUGGAGUCCCGUGAACCCUGAGGAUGAGCCUAUCCAAGAUAAGAAAUACACAGUGAAAGAUGUCAUCGUGGGAAUGGCGUAUGAAUUCCGUGUGUCAGCGAUUAAUGUUUCUGGGGUGGGCGAGCCAAGCAUACCAUCAGAUUUUGUGAUUGCCAGAGACCCAAAGCAGCCCCCUGGCAGAGUCACCGACCUGAAGGUGACAGAUUCCACCUACACCACCCUGACCCUGGCCUGGACUAAACCAACAGAGGAGAAAGGGGUCCAGGAUGAGGCCAAAGGAUACUUUGUGGAGAUCAGGCCAGCGGAGAGCCAGGACUGGAUUCGCUGCAAUGCGAUCCCCAUAAUCAUGACCACCUUCACUGUGAAGAACCUUAAAUCCAUGGCUAUAUACUGGGUGAGAGUGACCGCCACAAACGACGGUGGAGAUGGGGUACCCCAAGAUCUGGACAACUACGUCACUGCCAUGCCCCCUCCUGUGAGACCAAGAUUCACAGAUACCAAGCUGAAGAGUUUUAUGGUGGUAAGAGCAGGAAACACGGUGCGGAUCAAUGUCAACUUUCAGGCCUCUCCCUGGCCAGACGUUGUUUGGCUGAAGGAUAAUAUGUCCGUCCCUAAACGGGUCACCAUUAGCAACACUGAGGGGAUGUCCCAGCUUCUGAUUCCCUCUUCAGAGCGCAGCGACACAGGGGUCUAUACCAUCAUCCUCAAGAACAUGGUUGGCCAGGAGACCUUCAGUGUUGAGAUCAGAGUCACAGAUGACCCCAAGCCACCGGGUCCUGUGGAGCUGCAGGAGAACGUUCCCGGGACAGUGACGGUGGCCUGGGAGCCGUCCCCGGACGAGAAGCGCGACGACAGGCUGCACUACAUGGUCUCCAAGCGGGACUCCACCAAGCAAACCUGGAACACAGUGGCUGACCGCCUCUUCAACAACAAGUUCACCGCCUGCAACAUCGUGCCUGGCCACGAGUACCACUUCCGCGUGUACGCCAAGAACGACAUAGGCAUGUCAGAGCCCUCCGAGUCUCCCACCUGGGGAACCACCCGGAUAAGAGAAAAAUUUGUGGUGAACACGCCCGAGUUCAGACCCUGCAACUUGGAGAGCGCGCCCGCGUUCCUGGUGCCCCUGAAGCUGCACAUGGCUCCCAAGGGCUACGAGUGCUACAUGAGCUGUGCGGUGACGGGGAACCCGCGGCCACACGUCACCUGGUACCACAACAACCUCAGCCUCAACACCAACACCAACUACUACAUCUCCAACACCUGCGGCGUCUGCUCCAUGCUCAUCCUCAGGGUGGGGCCCAACGACCACGGCGAGUACUCCGUCAUGGCCGAGAACUCGCUGGGGAGGGCCGAGUGCUCCACCAAACUCACCGUCCGAGAAUAAGAAGCACCAAGGACAUGAUAUCAUCAGUCCCUUCACUGAGGUUUUCCCAGAAUUACUGUUAUUCGUUGUGUUCACAUAAUAGUACCAUAUUGUGUAUAUUUUUGUUUAACAAAAUGGUUACAAUGACUUUUUGUGUAGUAACAUUUUUUAAACAUUUUAACAUGUUUUAAAGACUCAUUAUACACUGAGCUGGCAAGAUCCUAUUCGUACAAAAAUAUAGAAUGGAAUUUUAUCAGAAUUAAGGAUGAAAUUGCAUUAAGACUAGGUUAGCCCGCACUUUCCAGCUAUGUCAGACUUGUAUGUAAUUAAACUGGCUGAAUCCAGCAGGCCAAUCACUGGUAACCUAGUAACUCAGCAGCCCCCAUGAUCUUCAGAGAGAAGCCUUCUGGUUAGGUCAUGUUUCACAGUGUUUCAAUCUAAGAAGGGCCUUUCCUAAAGCACAUAUGCUCCAAGGGAAAAACACUGAUUAAAUAAAAAAUGAAAAUUAAACAAAUUGCAUAUUCAUAUUCCCAGUUACCGUUUUCCUCCUAGAAGACCAUUGGUGUGUUGUUUCCAUUGUUUUCUGAAUUGACGUGGUGCCAGAUUCAGUUUGUGAUAUCUUAGUUAUCAGGGGGUUUGGGACUGCAUGUAAAGCACUAAGCAGCCUCUUGCACUUGCUGUGUGGCUUCAGGUCUUUGUUUGAAGAUUCCUCAUUUAACAAAUCCCUAGUUUCUGCUUUCCACGACUUGUUCAGACCCCCUGCAGUCUCCUGAUUUACAGCUUCUCUGGUGUGGACUGUGAGAGCUCUUUUUAUGUGUUUGUUUCAAAGCGAUGGCAUUUGCACAUAUUACAUAUCGAGUUGAAAUUGUGGCAAAAUAAAACACUGGUACUUCUGCUUGUUUAUGAAUGCACACAAUCAUGCCAGCCAUCAAGACGUUCCAAUCAAAAUAAUGAGCAUGUAAUGCUGUUUUAAGCACUAAUGAUGGGGAGGCAUAAAUGGCUUUUAUAAACUAGUGAUUUGCAUUGCUAGUGUUUGGUAUAAAUAGUUUUGAAUGGAAUGGUUCAGAUGUAAAGCAAGUUUUAUAUUUUUUAAAAACAUGCUAGUGUAUACAGAGAUCUAAAUGUAUCUUCUGUUUAAGUUCAGGAAUGAAUUGUGUAUGAGUGUAUUUGUUUAAUAAUAAACUGUAAUUUAUUCAAUAUAAUAAAUGAAGAAUUAAUUAAAAGCAA